AUGGAGGAGAACCCGACGAAGGAAAACAUCGUUUCCAGGAGAGAGGAUACCGGCGGCAAGGCCACCUUCAGUGAAUUAUUUCCGUCUCUAGCGGCUUUGAGUAUUUUCAGAGGUUGUAGAUCAUCUUCCACGAGCUUCGGUAUCUUGUCACCGUCAUAUAUGUCCUUCGGUACCAUAAUUUCGCAAAACUUCCUAUCGAUAUCAAAGGACCACGCCAGCGGUUCAGAGAAGCUGUCCCAAAGAGCGGUCUGA